CAUGUUUCUGUAGGCUGAUGAAACAAUACAGCGAUGCUCCACGAGGUGUUGAGUUCAUGCUCAUCUAGAUGUUGCCUGGACCGUAUCAUGACCGAUCAUGUUUCUGUAGAGACAUGCCAAGAAGGCAACAGUUCUGCACGAGGGUUGAGGUGCGGGUGCAACCAUCACACGUUGACAACCAAAUUGCCAGAAGGUAUUUGCCAAUCUCGAUUAUGAGACGAAUCACUCGUGCGGAUACUUUGCCAUCUAUAGACGAAACAUGCACACGCUCUCAUUCUCACUCAUUGAUGUCAGUUGCACUAACCAAAAUAAGAGAGCACCCGUUUUGCCUAGGCAGCCGAUGAUUAGGCCGCAGCAGAGAACUUGCUCGAUUAUUUCCUUUUGGUUCUCAACUAUAAAUAGAGCGCGCUGCAAAGUUCUCAGCACCAACAAAUUAAGCGCAUCUGCCCUUCAUUCUCUCUUCCAUCACCACAAACAGAAAUAGUACAUCAUCAGUUGAGUUCAUCCAUUAGAAACAUGGCCUGCCAUCAAAGAUCUGCAAGUCUGCCUUCUAUCCCUCACUCCACCGAAUCAAAAGUGGAGGUGGAACUGCAGGGCCUGCAGACACGCAUAUCCUCGCCUUCCGCGACCAUCGACACAAUGUGCGGCGGUCUGAGGAGUCUCGGAGACAUCUACAGCUCCAUAGAAGAGAUCAUGAGCCUGCCCAGCAACCGAGUCCCCUUGCAAAGGAAGAUGAUCGAGGAAGAGCUUGACAGGUCACUUGUCCUGGUGGAUCUCUGCAAUGCCAUGCAGGAGAGCCUGGCAGAGCUGAAGGUGAGCAUCCAGGACCUGCAGCUCGCCCUCAAGAGAGGAGAUGGCGCGGCUGUUCAGAUCAAGACCGAGUCCUUCGUUCGCCUCGCGAAGAAGGCACAGAAGCCUUUCAAGAAGAUCACAAGCGGCAAGGCUACCGCCCAAGGCUGCGGGACGGUCAGGCUACUGGUAGAGGCAAGAGACAUGGCGGUCUGUCUGCUUGAAUCCGCGUCAUGCCUCCUACUGAAGCAAGCUGGGGUUGCCAGUGGAAGCAGAUGGUCGCUGGUCUCACAGAGGUUCCAGAAGAAGAGGGUUGUCUGCGAGGCGGCGCAGCUGCAAGCGCUGGAGCGUGGCGUGGCUGACCUUGAGAACGGCGUAGAGUCCCUGUUCAGGAGGUUGAUCCAGAGCAGGGUUUCACUCCUGAACAUCCUUAGCUCCUAGAUGCUUCUCAACUCUCAAGCCUUGUUACUCUACCCAUCUUUUGUACAUUAUACCAAUUACCAAACAUACAUACAAUCGAAUGAUGAUUACACAGUUUUGAUCA